UAUACAAGAGACAGAGAAAGGGGACGAGAGAGAGGGAGACGAUGUCUGGGUCAGCUGGUCUUCCUCUCCAGGAGAGGGUAGAACACCCAAACACUGUGGAGAGGGUGUUUCUCUCCAUCCUCUCAGCUCUCAUCCUGUGCUUGCUCCUCUACCGGCUGGCCGUCCUGCCGGAGCUGCCUGGCGGUGCGGCCUUAGGAGUGUGGCUGGCUGCCUUUCUGUGUGAGUGCUGGUUCGCUUUUAUGUGGGUGCUGUCCCUCAACUACAAGUGGCACUUCGUCGAGAACAGGACCUUUCCCGACCGUCUUUUUCAGAGGUUCAAAUCAUCUGAAGAGUUUCCUGCCAUGGACGUGUUCGUCACCACAGCCGAUCCGGUGAUGGAGCCUCCCAUCAUCACCGUCAACACCGUACUCUCCAUUCUCGCCGUUGAUUACCCAGCUUCGAAGAUCGCCUGCUACGUGUCGGAUGAUGGUUGCUCGCCCAUCACCUUCUUCUCCCUACUAGAGGCCUCCAAAUUUGCUCAAUCGUGGGUUCCCUUCUGCAAGAAGUAUGGAGUAGAGUACAGGGCUCCCUUCAAGUACUUCUCCUUGUCUCAAACUUACCACAAUCCGUCCUCCACUUUCCAUCAAGAUUGGAAAGAGAUGAAGAGAGCAUACGAGGAGCUUGCUGAGAAGAUAUCGGAGACGGCUCACAAAUCAAUUCCAGAUAAAUUUUCGGGGGAAGAAUUUUCAGAUUUUGCACAAGUCCAGAAGCGGAAUCAUCCUGCUAUCGUGAAGAUUAUAAACGAGCACAAGGGAAGAGAAGAUGAUCAGGUGCCACACUUGAUUUACUUAUCCAGAGAGAAACGACCUUCACACGCACACCACUUCAAAGCAGGAGCCAUGAACGUUCUGACAAGGGUUUCUGGAGUGAUGACCAAUGCACCGUUCAUGCUAAACCUGGACUGUGACAUGUUCGUGAACAACCCCAAGGCGCUGUACCAUGCCCUGUGCCUCUUGCUGGGGUUUGAGUCCGAGGUGCAAAGUGGGUUCGUGCAGUUUCCACAGAUGUUCCAUGGUGCACUCAAGGACGACCCAUAUGGGAACCAACUCAAGGUGUUGAUCAAGCACCUCAUGCCAGGGAGCAAUGCAUGUCAAGGGCCCAUGUAUGGGGGCACCGGCUGCUUCCACCGAAGGAAAGCCAUUUACGGUCAGCAACCCCUAGAGCGUCCACUCACCAAAAAUGGACCCUACAACUACAAAUUAGCUAAUGGGAGCCAAAAUGGGAGGUGUGGCAUUGAAGAAGCAUUGGCAGCCAUAUUUGGAGGCAACCAGCCCUUAAUUGAAUCAGCACUUAGAGCAGCCUCUGAAGGCAGAGCCGUCAUCGACCCUUCUUCCUCACGGACCCUUUCAAGUUCUUUGGAAGCAGCCAUUGCUGUCUCUGCUUGUGAUUACGAAGACAACACCCUAUGGGGCAAACAGGUUGGUUGGGAUUAUGGAUCAACAGUAGAGGAUGUCAUGACAGGGUGUAGGAUCCACUCCUCAGGCUGGAACUCAGUCACAUGUUUGCCUGAUCCACCAGCAUUUCUUGGUGCCGCACCGUCUACCGGACCCGACACCAUGGUCCAGCAGAAAAGAUGGGCCACCGGUUUGUUUGAAAUUCUCCUCAGCCGGCGGAACCCCCUGAGGGCUACAGUGAGGGAGAAGCUGCAACUGAGACAAUGCAUGGUUUAUCUCAGUGUGUUGUUGUGGGCAGCCCGAUCUGUACCCGAACUUUGCUACGCUAUUCUGCCUGCAUUAUGCAUAUUCACAAACACUUCCAUCUUCCCUAAGAUAACUGAUCCAGAAUUCAGACUACCGGCUGCAGUUUUCUUCAUCUUCAACAUCUACAUUCUCCUGGAAUACCUUCUUUGUGGUCUAUCAGUGCGAGAAUGGUGGAACAAUCAGAGAAUGGCCAGGAUUCUGAGUUCAACUGCCUGGUUGUUUGGUCUCCUAGCUGUAUUACUCAAGGUUUUUGGGAUCUCAGAUACGGCAUUCGAGCUCACUCGCAAAGAUGAUUUGGAAGGUGCACCGGCUGAGGCAGGGAAGUUCAUUUUUGACUCGUCGGCAAUUUAUGUGCCCGCAACAACACUGCUCUUUGUGAACAUGACAGCCCUGGCUCUGGGCCUAGCCAAGACGGUGAUGGAAAUGGAAGCUGCUGCUUAUGUGGGGGAGUUGGUGUGUUGUGCUUGGGUGGUUAUGAGCUUCCUGCCCUUCGUAAAAGGACUGUUUAGACGUGAGCAAUAUGGUAUUCCUUGGCCAACAGUCUGCAAGUCCGGCACGGCCGCUUUGAUCUUCGUAUGCUUAUGCAGGCAGUUCUCAAACUAAUGACCGAAAUUUAGGCCAAUUCAUGAACGAUCUUCCCACCGAACAAGGAAGAUUGUAUUUGUCAAGAUUCAUUUAAGCUUGAUCCUGCUGAACCUUUCGCAGAAAACGGUUUCCUAGUUGCUUAGAGAGUUGCAUGUCUUCUUUCUUUCCCUUAUUCUCUGUGUGAACGCUCACAUCUAUGUCAGUCUUUGUGUCGCAUUCCCUUUUAUCGAAUGUUAUUUAUAAA